UGCUCUCCCGCACGGACCGCAUUGGCCGCAGCACUUGAGCACGCGCGCGCGCGCACACACUCACACACUCCUCAUUCAGACACGGCGAUGCAUUCCGACGCCACGGACCACUCCUCGCUUGAGUCGACCCGGUUUUAGGAUGGUGCAGAAAUCCCUCAACGGCGGCGUUUACCCAACUCAAGCCAGCGAGAGGAAGCACAAAGUCGGCUUCGUGGGUCUGGAGCCAGGGGGUCCCGAAUCGAGCCGGGACGGGGCGCUGCUCAUCGCGGGCGCGGAGAGCAGCACCAAGCGGGGCAGCGGCAUCCUUUGUAGACCCAGAGGCAGCAUCUCCGCCGGGGGGAGAUCCAGACCCCCCAAGAAGAAUGCCAGUUAUCGCAAGCUGCAGAAUUUCCUUUACAAUGCGCUGGAAAGACCGCGGGGAUGGGCGUUCAUCUACCACGCUUAUGUUUUCCUCCUGGUCUUUUCCUGUCUCAUUCUCUCAGUUUUUGCCACCAUUAGAGAGUUCAAAAAUAGCUCAGAGAGUGCCUUGUACAUCCUGGAAAUUGUGACCAUCGUGGUGUUUGGAGUGGAGUACAUUGUGCGGAUAUGGGCUGCUGGCUGCUGCUGUCGAUACAGAGGAUGGAGAGGGAGGCUCAAAUUUGCCAGGAAGCCUUUCUGUGUGAUAGACAUGAUGGUCCUGGUCGCCUCGGUGUCGGUGCUGGCAGCUGGAUCGCAAGGCAAUGUUUUUGCCACAUCGGCCAUCAGGAGUCUGAGGUUCUUACAGAUCCUUCGCAUGCUGCGUAUGGACCGUCGUGGCGGAACUUGGAAGCUACUUGGAUCAGUCGUGUACGCCCACAGCAAGGAGCUCAUCACAGCGUGGUACAUCGGAUUCCUAUGUCUCAUUUUGGCUUCAUUCCUGGUCUACUCGGUGGAGAAGGAGUCCAACAAAGAGUUUGAGACCUAUGCAGAUGCCCUUUGGUGGGGACUGAUAACUCUUACCACCAUUGGCUAUGGAGAUAAAGUUCCAAAGACUUGGAAUGGGCGCUUACUGGCGGCCACCUUCAGUAUGAUUGGUGUGGCCUUCUUUGCGCUUCCUGCUGGCAUCCUCGGUUCUGGUUUUGCCCUCAAAGUCCAAGAGCAGCACAGGCAGAAACAUUUUGAAAAGAGACGCAAUCCUGCAGCAAGCCUCAUCCAGGCUGCAUGGAGGUUUUAUGCAACCAACCUUUCCCGCACGGAUCUGAUAUCCACUUGGGAUUUUUAUGAGCAGACUGUAGCAACCCCGAUGUACAGAUUGAUUCCGCCGUUGAAUCAAUUGGAUCUGCUGAGGAAUCUAAAAGGAAGGUCUUUCAGGAAGGAGUCCCAAACAGAAACCUCUCCCAGCCAUGGGUGUGGCUGUGCGUCCCGAAUUCCUCCUUCAAGAAUGGCCAUGCUGCAUUUGCAUACAGUGUGUAAUGCUCAGGGAUGAGUGCUCACAGCUUCCUUAAACAUCCCAUCAAUAAGCUGAUUUUUGACAGCAAAGCAUUCGACAUCACCACAGGAAAAAGUGUUUUGACUUUUUUUUUUUUUUUAAACACUUUUCAAUGCUUUUGCUUGUCGCCCGCUUCCCUCAAACUGGAGAAAUAUUGACAUCGCAUCAACACUUUAUUGUGACUGCGGGAAUUAGAGUGAAAUCAAAACACCAAAAUGUUGAAAUUUAUCAUUUAGGGCGUCGAUGCUCACAGAGAAACGCGAUUUGCAAUAAAGUGUCUUUACAAACACGAUGUAGCACAUACCGCUGUUUUUGGCACUGUACCCACUCUUUGUUUUUGUCUCCUCUAACUGCUCCAGUAAUGAGAAUGCACACAAAGACAGACUUUGUGGUUGCUGUCCAAGAACUUUUAGGUAUCGUUAUUGCACAGAUACCACCCACU